UCCAGAGGAGGAGAGAGCAGAGGAGAUCCACGUGUGGCUAUGGCGUCUAACAGUCUUUUCAGCUCGGUGACUCCGUGUCAGCAGAACUUUUUCUGGGAUCCGAGCACCAGCCGCAGGUUCAGUCCGCCGUCCAGCAGCCUUCAGCCGGUGGCGGGGAAGAUGAGCGAUGCGCAGCAGGAGCAGAACGCGGCGCUGCCGAGACUCCGACAGCACGACAACCGGACGAUGGUGGAGAUCAUCGCGGACCACCCCGCCGAGCUCGUGCGGACGGACAGCCCCAACUUUCUGUGCUCAGUGCUGCCGUCUCACUGGAGGUGCAACAAAACUCUCCCGGUGGCGUUCAAGGUUGUUGCUCUGGGAGAUGUUCCUGACGCGACGGUGGUGACAGUUAUGGCAGGAAAUGACGAGAACUACUCGGGAGAGCUGCGAAACGCCUCAGCUGUCAUGAAGAAUCAGGUGGCGCGUUUCAACGACCUGAGAUUUGUUGGCAGGAGUGGAAGAGGAAAGAGCUUCACGCUGACAAUCACAGUAUUCACGAACCCACCGCAAGUGGCUACUUACCACCGAGCCAUAAAGGUCACAGUGGACGGACCGCGGGAGCCGCGAAGACACAGACAGAAACUGGAAGACCCCCCUAAACCGCCGCUGUUCUCCGAGCGCCUGAGCGAGUUAGAGCGUUUACGCCAGACCAGCAUGAGAGUUGCCGUGCAAACCCAGAGUCCCCGGCCGUCUCUCAACGCCAUGCCGAACUCCUUCAAUCCGCAGGGGCAAACUCAGAUCUCAGAUCCGCGGCAGGCGCAGUCCUCUCCGCCCUGGUCCUACGAGCAGCCCUACACUCCUUACCUGAGCCAAAUGACGUCUCCCUCCAUCCACUCCACCACCCCGCUGUCCUCCACCCGCGCCACGGGCCUGCCCACCAUCAGCGACGUGCCAAGACGCCUCUCAGGUACGUCGGAUCUCAGUCCGUUCUCGGCCGACCCGCGGCAGUUUGAACGUCAAUUUCCCGGUCUGUCCUCUCUCACAGAUUCCCGUUUCCCCAGUCCCAGAAUGCACUAUCCCGCGACCUUCACAUACACCCCUACACCGGUCACCUCGGGCAUGUCUCUGGGCAUGUCCAGCACCACCCACUACCACACCUACCUGCCUCCGCCGUACCCCGGCUCCACCCAGAACCAAAGUGGGCCCUUCCAGACCAGCAGCACGCCGUACCUCUACUACGGCGCCUCGUCCGGGUCGUACCAGUUCUCAAUGGUGCCGGGCGGAGAUCGAUCCCCCUCCAGGAUGCUGCCGCCUUGCACUAGCGCGUCCACCGGCAGCACCCUCAUCAACCCCAACCUGCCCAAUCAGGCGGACGGAGGUGAGGCGGACGGCAGCCACAGCAGCUCGCCAACUGUUCUCAACUCCAGCGGGAGGAUGGACGAGUCCGUUUGGAGACCAUAUUGAGACGGUCUGGUCGAACGAGACCUCAAUGCAGCACUGUUAGCCUUAAAGACCAAGAGCGAGAGAUAAUUGCUUGAAAGAAUCAUCGGAUUAGAAGCACAAACUCAUUGGUACUCAUUGGUACUCACUGGUACUCAUUGGUACAAUAUUGAAUGGUUGCAGUGUAUUUUUAUGACUACACUGAGGUUUUUUUCUAUAAAACAGAUGACCCUUACAGGGAAUGAUAAGGUGCGAUCAUAUUAGCAAUAUUUAAUGCAAUAUUAGCAACGGUAAAUGUGAACGCACCUUUAGUCUAAUUCAUCUGACAUUCCACUUCAUCAGUGAUAUAACCUAUAAUGCAAGUCACUGAAUUUAAAGGAAUAGUUCAGCCAAAAGUGAAAAUACAUUCACCUUCAUGUCGUUCCAAACCCGUAGGACUUUCUUUCUUCUGCAGAACACAAAAGGAGAUGUUUAGCACAAUGCUGAUGCUGCACAUUUAGAUACAACAAAAGUGUACUGUCACUGUCAUGCCUGGUGUUUGGGGCUUUUAAACUCCGAAAAGCACCAACAAAGUGACUUGUGAGCUCACUCAAUAGCUUUGUGCAAAGAACAGACCUAUAUUUAAGAGUAAACGAUGCCAGAACGUUUAUUUUUGGAUGAACUAUCCCUUUUUCUGUCCUUGAGUAAAUGUUCAUUGCAAUAGGAAUGCAUCCAUACUAUUGGCGCAGAAUAUUUUUAUACUAACUCGGUAUAAUUUAGCAUUUCUUAACACUGAAAGCAAUUGUUUUUUUUGUUUUUUUUUUAUUUAU